AGAGGGCGCCGCCCGCCAUGGGCUCCCGCCCGGAGCCGCUGCAGGCGCAGAACUUGGAGGCGGCGAGCGGCAGCCGCGGCCCCGAGUGGCGGGCGCUGCUCGGGCGGGCCGACGCGCUGGCCUUCGGCGGGCGGCUGCACGAGGCGCUGCCGCUGUACCAGCUGGCGUCCCGGCAGCGGCAGCUGCGCGCCGAGCAGCUGGAGAAGCUGGUGGAGUGCCUGGCGCGGGGCGUGCGGCUGAAGGAGGGGCUGCCGGCCGGGAGCGGCGCCCCGCAGCCCCGGGACUGGGACGGCUGCCGCUGCCGCAAGUGCCAGGGGUUCCUCUUCGAGCCCGUGUCGCUGCCCUGCGGACACACCUUCUGCAAAAAGUGCCUGGAGAGGGAGGACCGCGCGGCCGCCGCGCGCUGCGUGCUGUGCCGCCAGGAGGGCGGCGGGCGGCUGCCGCGGGUCAACGUCAUCCUCAGCAACCUGCUGGGCAAGUGGUUCCCGCGGCAGGUGCGGGCCUCGCAGCUCCGCCACGAGGGGAACCUGCUGUACCGGGAGAAGAAGCUGCACGCCGCCCUGCAGAAGUACGACGAGGCGCUCAGCUUAGCUCCCAAUGACCACUUGCUGUACAGCAACCGGUCCCAGAUUAACUCGACUCUGAAAGCUUGUGAGGAUGCGCUGCACGAUGCCGAGACAGCAUGCAGGCUGCAGCCCUACUGGCUUAAAGGUCACUUAAGGAAAGGCCAGGCAUUGGCUAAUCUAGGGAAAACAGAAGAAGCUUUAAGGGAGUUUCUGUUCUGCCUUGCUCUGGACAUGGGGAACAAGACGGCCAAGUCUGAGGCUCAGAAGGUAAAUGUGGAACAGAAAAAGGGCUUUCCUGUUCAAGAGGAACCAAACAUAACUAAUUCUGGCAGUUUAAGGAAGUCCACGCAAACCACAGAGAGUAGAAAGGACUGCUCAGAGGAGGAGAACAAGCCCACCUCCGUACCAGAGCCUGCCUUCCUCGUGUCUGAGAAGCGUGGCCUCCUGAAAAGGAAGGGCUGCUUGGAGGAGGUGAGGGCUGCAGAGGUGCCCUGCAAGCUCCUGAAGAAAGAUACCGUCGAUACUAAGGGAAGCAGCACUGGGCAACAUACUCCAUUUGAAUCUGUGGAUCCAUCAGAUCUGGAUUGCUCCCUGUGUAUGAGGCUCUUCUAUGAACCUGUCACCACGCCUUGUGGACACACCUUCUGUCUCAAAUGUCUUGAGAGAUGCCUGGAUCACAACCCCAAAUGUCCCCUGUGCAAAGAAGGGCUCUCGGAGUGCUUGGCAAUGAGGAAAUACUGCAAAACAGUACUAAUGGAGGAGUUAAUAGCUAGGUAUCUUCCAGAGGAACUCACUGAAAGAAGAAAGAUUUAUGAAGAGGAAAUAGCAGAGCUUUCCAACCUCAAUAAGAAUGUUCCUAUAUUUGUCUGCACAAUGGCUUAUCCUACAGUCCCAUGUCCUUUGCACAUCUUUGAGCCCUGUUAUCGCCUGAUGAUUAGAAGGUGCAUGGAGACUGGCACCAAACAAUUUGGGAUGUGCAUUAGUGACCCUGUGAAGGGGUUUGCAGAUUAUGGCUGCAUUCUGGAGAUAAGAAAUGUUGAAUUCUUUGCUGAUGGUCGCUCUGUUGUAGACAGCAUUGGCAAGAGGAGAUUUAAGGUGAUACAGCACAGCCAGCGUGAUGGCUACAACACAGCAGAUAUUGAGUACAUUGAGGAUCAAAAGGUGCAAGGGCAAGACUAUGCUGCGCUGCUUGUUCUCCAUGAUUCUGUCUACGAUCAGGCAUAUAUGUGGUUUAAUUCACUCAAGCAAGCACUGAAGAGUAGAAUUCUCAGUCACUUUGGUCCAAUGCCAGCUAAGGAUCCUGACCCACAGGCUAACCCUAACGGGCCAGCCUGGUGCUGGUGGGUCCUAGCUGUCCUUCCACUUGAGAACAGAGCCCAGCUCCCUUUCCUUGCCAUGAAAUCCCUCAAAGACCGCUUGAAUGGCAUCAGACGUGUCCUUACAUUCAUGUCUCGUACAAGAUCACGGUGAUGGUGAGAAGGAGAGCUGUGAAGUCUCCCGCAGUACUUGACUGUAGAGUGUCUCUUGUAACUUCAUCUAACUGCAAUAAUGUCUUACAGAUUUGUGUCAGAAUGUUUCCAGCCUGAAUUUCAGAGAAAAUAAGUUAAAAGGAGCAAGGGAUGUUUAUGGUUACUUUAAUAGUUUCCAUUUGGAACUCAGUUUCUGAGAUGAUUAUUCAAUUACUGCACUGCUAAAUUAAUAACAAAUGUGAUAGAACAAAAAGUGAUCUUGUUUGCCAUAAACCUUUUAAAAAGCUUAAGAGGUUUUUUAAUUUAUUUUUUUUGUAGUGGGUAAAGGGUGAACUGUGCAGUUUAAUGUGAAGCAGAAUUAAUAAUGUUUAUGCAUUAUUUCAAUGAACUGCGUGGUCUUUUCCAAAUGGUUCAGGUUUUAUAUAGCAUUGUGUAUAACAAUGUUCACGACUUCCGUUUGAUAAUUUAUUUUUGCACUAUGAUUUUUUGUUUCAAAAUGUGUUAUUUAUGUGUUCAUCCUCUAUAGGAAAGUGAGCUGCUCUAUUUAUAGUGUUUUUAUCCUGUAUGUACAACUGGGGGGGGGGGAAAUGAUGAUUCUAGCAGUGCACAAAAAACUGCUUUGAUCAUUUUUCAGCUAUUUCUGUUCAAAUACUUUGAAUGUUUUUCUAUUUGUCCCCAGUCCUACUGUAGCCUAAGAAGGCUUUUUUCCUCCCAAAACAGCCUGCUGUGAUGUCUUCGAAUACACAGACUGAGAGCUCAUGCACAGUUGUUGGAUCUUGACUCUCUGCUUGUAACUAUGGCUCUGAUAGCACAGUGCAGCCAAGCGCAUCCUUAACCGUGAGUGCAGGUGUCAGAGUGCUUGGCUAAGUCAAGGCAUGGAUCAGUUGAUGCCAGUGGGGAUUUGCUGACAGAAGGCUCACCCUUCUAAAAACAAAACUGGAAGUAUUGGUGUUUCGUUGUAGAUUGACAGAUUUUUUUAAAUUAUUUUUUUUUUUAUAUUCAACUCUGGUUGCUGUUGAGAUUAGCUUCACUUCUGGAGUGUCUGGGAUUUGGUUUUGGAGUGUUUGUAUGUGGGUGGAGGGAGGGUUAUUUUCAACUGUAGGACUAACAGGGCAGUUUGUACCACAUGAGAAGGAAUAUGUUGUAAUAAAUACUAUUUAUUUCACCCCAAUCUUCAGCUUUCUGUUAGCUUCAAAUCUCUGCCCAGCCACUACGCUUCUGUAAGCAGAGAUGGGGUAGUGUUGCUAAUAGUAGUUAACUCCUAAGGAAAACAAGUGAAUUUUUGGAUGAUUGCUUCUAGCUAAUGAGGCAGGUAAAAACAAGGCAAAAAUGAGAAUAGCAUUAAUUUUUUUUGCUUUAUUUAAAUCAACAAGCUGUUUGCACUUUUUACUGCUUUCUGUCUACCAGUUUCUGGAGCUCGUCUUCCAUGGGGCCAACUUUGACUUUCAUUAAUUUCAGUAUGGGGGGGAAGGAAAAACAAACAAACAAACUGUUGUGGGAUGCUACAAUUUUUAUUGUUGUUUUUAUCCAGGAUAGCACUACUGCCCAUUCCAUGCCUUUGUGGAACAGUGCAGUAGAAAUUAAUGUCAGUUUUCCAUGUGUUUUUUUUUCCUCACCAUCAUUCUUUCAGGAAUGAAUCAGGAAUAUAAAUUGAGAGUAAUUUCUGUACUGUCAGGUUUCUGUAAUAUCUUUUAUUCCCCCUCUUGUUAAAUUUUAAAGGACUUUCCCAUAAGGGUACCAAAGAAUGGAAGACAAACACAAUUCAGCUUUGUUAUACAAAUGGAAUAUGUAUCCUGUGUUGGCAUUUAGCUGCUCUAGAAAUGCUACAGCUUGUUUCCAUACUGCUAGAUUGCUGCACUGCUGGCAUCUUCUGUAGGUGGUGCUUUCCAUGCUUCUCUCUGAACAAUGUAUAGAAUACAUGCUCUGAACAACAACAACUGUAUGGUGGCUGAGACCCGCUAUGACAUUUGUCUUCAUAAGUCAAAAGCAGUUCCUACUUGUUCGGAAGUGAAACUGCAUUAAAUGCCAUUCUUCCUUAAACCAUUAGGUAUUAUGCAUAAUAUAAGGAGUCUACAUUGCUCCUAUAGAAAGUUAGCACUUAGUUCCUUGUAUCUGUGAGAAAAGGACAUCAGAUACGUAUUUCAUACUGUUUUCUCAUUGAUCUUGCUGUUCUUUUCCUGCAUGUCUUCUACAUACUCAUUAUUUUGUUAAUUCAGAAACUGCCAUGGAAAGAAUCCUCGAUUCUAUAAGUGAACAUUGUCUUUCUUUAUUAGACUUGAGUAAAGCUGCCAGAAUUUCCUCAGCAGAAACCUGCGUAUACAUGCACUGUGUUGUGAACCCCAGUGUAUUUGGUGUGACUUGGAAACACGAACUACUGCCUACACUGCGUGCAGGUGACCUGCGUAGGCACAGCAAAUUGACUCCAUCAAGAAAUUCAAUCUGGGACUGCUGUGUGGCCACACAUCCUAGGUUAAUGGGUAGUUCAUGCAUUCCUUCAGAGGAAAAAGAUCCUGAAACAAGUUUCUGAGAACACAAGCCUGCCCAGUAAAAGCUGGACAAGGAGUAGCCUUAGCCUUCAGUGAAUUGGCGUGGUGGUUUCAGUAAUGAGCUUUACAAACACAACUUCUAGUUAUGCUAUGCUAUGGGUGAUUUCAGUUGUAUUAAUUGGCACAAAGUUAUAAAUGCAGUAUUUAUUACAGGCAUAAAUAAACAAACUGAGCAGACUCAAACACCUUCACUUGAGUUAUAGAAACUGCAUUGGUUACAUCUAACUGGGGCUGGUAUUUUAUUGAUGCUUCAUUGCAUUCUUGGCACCUGUUUUAUUUCAACCACUCUUGCUUUUAUUUAUUAAAAAAAAAGAAAGAAGGAAAAAAAACCCACUUCUUGGAUUUACAUUUCCUCUGUGGCUAGAAGUAGUGAUUACUCUCUUGUCAUGAAGCCAUAAGUAAUGCAUAGGCUUCCUGCUACUACCUUCAUGGAAAGUCAUUUCCUUUGACCCUAAAUGACUGAGUUAGGAUUACUAAAAUCAGAAAUUAUUCUAUUUUCAUAGAAAUGUGAUCAGUCUUUUCUGUGAUGGAGAGUUAAGUUAAGCCAAUAAUAGAAUGAUCCAAGCAAGUGCUGGUCUCCUGCUGGAUAUGGUGGUGAGCCAUCCAGGCAGCUGGAGACCUCCUGAAAGUGAUAGGCUUGCAUUUGUGAGAUAUACUUUAUGUAUUUGAAAUCUCUUCAUGCUUCUGUAGGUGAAAGAUUAUAACAAAAUACAUCAAAUAGCAAAGGCUGGCUGUAUCACCUUUCCAACUUUUUCUGCACAUAUUUACCUUCUAAUUAAACAGAUGAGUUUUCUGGAGGAAAUUACACCAGCUUUCCCACUUACAGACUUCUCUAAUAAUGUUGACUUACGUUGCCUUGUAUAGGAGAGGUUUCUGUGAGAACAGCUGUUACCUUGGCAUGGAGAGCUUUGACAGUAAACCUGAGGUACAGCUGGAUUAUCAGGUUAAAUUGUGCAAUCUGACAGUGAGCUCAGACACAGCUGUAGAGUGUAGUUUAUUAGUAUUAAUAAUUACAUUAUAAAUUGGUGUGAUAAAAUCUAAUUGAUGGUUUUAGUUCCAGUUGAUGCUAAAACAGUGUUAGUUGCACAGUCUUCUUUUUUCAUUUUUUCUUUAAGUGCUGAUCUCUUCCAUGAGUGGUAGCAAUAAGAGGCAAGCUGGCACAUUGCAUGGCUGACCUUUGCUUCUCUCCUGUGCUGCUGCUUGUGAGCAGAACACCUGAACCACAGAUUUCUUUACCCAAACUUUAUUUUAAUUAAAGUCAUUGAGAUUUGGAUGCAGCAGGUUUCACCUGCACUGUAAAGGAAGAGCUUUAUGAAAUUCUUUAUUUAAACAGUCUUUUGAUGAAUCCUGCUUGGUGCUGAAGUUUUGCUGGUGUUUAAAUUAGUUGUGCUGAAAUGCAGUGCUUAGGAAUGGAGGGCACAUUCACAAGCUUACUUUUAAAAAAUACAUGUAAAUUAAUUGCAUUUUUCUUAUGCAUACCAGCCCCACUGGAACUGUAUGCACUUAGGGCAGUGCUUUCCUGUCCCCUGAGCCCUACGUUAGGUGAAAGCAAAACAGGGGCUGAGCUUCUGUUGUCAGUUUUGCAGCCUGACUUGUAAGUAGUGCAGCAUGCCCUCAAGAUCUGGUGGUCUGGGGCUUAGUCCAAAGCAGCUGAAAAUCUUCUAAAGCUACAGCAAGGUGGUAGUUCAGUCAAGUUGUGGUUCUGAGAUGCUUUGUUAAAUAAAUAUGGUCUGGGUACAAGAAUGAACCUGCUUUGUCAGGAUUAAAAAGAUGGGUAAUACUUUAAAAAUAAUAACAGUUAAAAAAAUGGAGCUAUUAUGUUGACUUACUCAUCCAGGUGUCAUGCGAAUUGCUUACGAAGAGUGGAAUUUCCUAAGGUCUAAAGUAACCCUCACAUAGAAGUGCCUGUAUUCUGUUAUUGCCAUUCUUGAGCUUUUUAAGAGAGUCACAGCCAUAUAUUUUAUAAAAUAUGAGCAUAUGCACCUUUCAACCUUUAAAUUUGCAGAACAAAGGUUUACAGAGCAGAAGUGUAGCAAAACCAAUGUACUAGCUUCUGUAAUUCCCUGGUGGGGGAUGGAGAAGUACAAAAAUGGGGAGGAACAGACUAUCUGUAUAAGAUGUCUUAAUUUGGCACCAUAUACUCGUCCAAUUUAGUUCCAUCAAGCUACGUGGUUAUAAGAGUGCCAGAAAUAUAUCUCUCAAGCCAUUCUAAAUAAAAAGCUCUUUGUUGACCUGUAUAUUCCAUUUGUUUGUAAAACAUCAUUUUUUGUGCACUGUAACAAACUUGAAAUGAAACUCUCAUACCACUGAACAGAGCACUGUUCAGCUACCUCAACGUAAGGUUGAAGUACUUUGUUUUUUUUCCAGAUUUGUUCACAUUGUCAUAUAAAAUAUUUAAAAAAAAAUUCAUAGUCCAAAGAUCCUGUAUUUGUUUGUAGAUGUACUUACAAUUAUGUUGUACCAACAAAGUCUGUGUGAAGCGUUGUUUGCUAAUUAAAAUUUUUGUGUUCUUUACUCUUUGGCUUGCAUAACAAAGAACAUCAGGUGUGAACCACUGUGACACACGAGCUGGUUUUUUUAGGUGCUUGAGAAAAAGGAACAAAGAACAGAUCCUAGGUUCUGCAGCCACACAGCACAGUCUGAUGUGAAGGGAGGAACCCACAGGAAGGAAGGCGGUUGCCCAAAACUCAGCCUUUGUAAGGGACCUCCAGAGCACUUUCAAUCUUUGCAGUUAAAGAAAAUGGGCAAUGGGAAGUGCUGAGAGCUGGCUUCCAGCACUGUGUGUUUCAGUGCCUCCUGGCCUGUUUGCUUUAGUGAGUUGCCUCUGUUUCUGUGAUUGAAAACAAUAGCCAGGCUGCCUUCCAUGUGCAGCCUCGUCCAGGAAAAGCGAGCCCUAGCUUCUUGUUAAGCUGUGCCUGUGAACCCAUGACAACAUGACAUUCAGCUAGAAGCUCCAUAGUGCUUUUGAAGUCCCCAGCUUACAGAAGAAAGCUGAAAAAGAGGACUUUUGCUCAUAAACCCAAGAUUGAGAGAACAGCUCCACAGUUUAUCCCACUGAAAAUGUGCAAGAGUUGCCAGAGUUUAGCUUUUAGAGAUAGGUAAGGGCUGCUCCUUUGCCUCGUCACCGAACAAGCUGUGUGCCGUGGCUGAGCUCUGCUGCUCCAAUCCUGUCACCUGUAGCACCAGGGAUCACCUCGCUGCUCUCUUAUGUAAGCUUGCUCAGGUACUGCAUUUAUUUUAGAAUCCGGGGCACAGCCUGAAGGCUGAAUUUAGUAAGCCAACAGCUAAUUAUGUCAGGACUGCGGUUUCCUAUAACAAAAAUUUGAAUCUGAGCAGGGAACUAUUUUGGUUGAAAUGCUUUUCCAUCAAGAAACAGCAGAAGCUGAAGCUUUGCUUGGGAACACGGCAGAUAAAUUAUUCCUUUCAGUUCUCAGUUUUAAUUCUGAAAGCCUUAAUUAAGACUGGCUUUUAGUUGUACUUUAAAGCAGAAAAUAAAUAAAACAAAUCUAGGGUAGCAAAUGUAUUUCCCAACUCUAUUUGUUCAGCACGCUUUAGAAGAGAUUUAUUCAACGGACUCGUGAAGUAUUCUGAAGUCAAUUAAUGUGUCACUUUAAAAUGAUGAUCAAAAAGCACAAGCAGGGUAAAGCAGUUCCUGGCAAAGGACUGCCUCCUGUCAGCCGUCAGUGCCUCGCGUGGUUCCUAAUGCCGCAGCCAUGGUGGCUGGGCUGUGAUCAGGGCCUGGCCCACAGCACUGCCUGGCUGUUCUGCCAUCACUCUGGGUGUCCGGGCAUUAAGCUGUAACGUGCUGUUAGUUCUCUUAGUGAAGUGUCACAGAGUGCUGGGACGUCUCCCAGUGUGCUGUGGUUUUCUGUAGAACCGAGCUAAAGCACUGCAAUGUUUCUGUCUCCAAACGUGAGGCGCACUGCCUGCCGCCAUCUUGGCCGCCUGCGCAAAGGGAAAACAGAAACUUAGGUUGUGAAGGACUGUGUGGCUGGGCUUUGUUGUCGCUGUCGUUCUCAAAUCUGUGCUGCUUUCAAACUGAGCAAAUUUUCUAUCAGCAGCCACUCCAGAAAUCGCACAACAGAACAGACGAAAUGGUUCUUCCUAGUGGGCAGUAAUGUCACCUGGCCUUCUUCCCCAGCUGUAUUAUAACUAGCCGCUCUCUGAAGCUCUACAUUGAUGGAGGCUACCUGAGAACCAGAGCACCAUCAAAGAGCAGGGUUUGCCAUGCGUAGCCCUCAGCUGCCACACACUGAACGGUUUACCUCUUCUCAUGGCCAGCUUUCAGGUUGUUAAAGCAAAACUGACAGCCAGGGUGAGCCGUUGCUAGCAGCCUUGUGCCAGCAGGGCAUCUUCUCUCACGGUAGAUCUGCUCUUGACUUGUAAUGCUAUAAGUGAAAGGAGAAUUAAGCUAUUUAUGUAAGUGACUUUAUUUAUAUAACUGACUUACGCUGUAUUAUAUGAUGAAGAAGGAAGGAAAAAAAAAAACGUGG